AAGUUUGUUGUACGAUUAUAACUAUUAUCGUGUACCUAUGUUGUCUGAAAUAAUUUUUGUUAUUUAAUAAGUAUAGGUAAUUAUACAAUUGUAUUAAUUCUAAAUGUUUAUGCAUAUGUGUAAUACAUAUUAAAAUGAUAUCGCAGUAUGGAUUGGCACGGCACUAUGACAAUCGACGCUUGAGGCCUUCACCUUGCGCGCGGCACCUUCCGUACAAGUUUCGUCAGCUUUGCGCUCGUCACUAUUAGUGCUCGCAGGAGAUGCCGAGGCAUUUGUACAGCCAAUUCUGGCUCGCAUCAACAGUGCUUCUCAAGAUCUACUUCUACUGACUCAGUUCCUAGAAACUAACGUUCGCUAUGGCACCUGCUCCUAGUGUUGAAAAUAAUGAAAUUAAAUCAUCAGCUUUGGAGUUAAUAGGCAAUACUCCGCUCGUUGCUCUGGAUCGAUUACACCCUGGACCUGGAAGAAUUCUAGCCAAAUGUGAAUUUAUGAACCCGGGAGGAUCCAUCAAGGACCGAUCAUCACUGUUCAUGAUAAAUGCCGCUCUGAGGGACGGGGCGCUGAAACCCGGUAACCCGAUCUUGGAAGUGACAUCUGGCAACCAAGGAUGUGGUCUCGCCGUAGUCGCCGCUGUUAAGAAUCAUCCGUUGACAAUAUACAUGUCUGCGGGCAAUAGCGAGCAGAGAGCGAUACAAAUGGAAGCGUGCGGGGCGAAGUGUAUCCGAGUACCACAAGUUGAGGGUGUCUACGGUAAAGUCACUUAUGCUGAUGUUCAAGCGGGAGGUGACUUUCUUGUAAAUCAGUUUUAUAACGAAGCAAACGUACAAGCUCACUACGAAACGACAGGGCCCGAAAUUUGGAGACAAACUGGUGGUCAUGUGGAUGCAUUUGUGGCCACAGCCGGAACGAGCGGCACUUUCUCGGGAACAUCCAAAUAUUUGAAGGAGAGGAAUCCAGAAAUGAAAGCUUACAUAAUUGAGCCGGAAGGAGCGGAGGUGAUAGCUGGAAAGCCAGUGUGGAAGGCGUGCCACAAGCUGCAGGGUUCUGGGUACGGCGUGGUGCCGGCUCUGUUUAAGUACGAGGUGAUGGACGGGGCGCUGAGCGUGUCGGACGAGGAGGCGAUGCGGUACAAGCGGCUGCUGGGCGAGAAGGAGGGGCUGUACGUGGGGUACACGAGCGGCGCCAACGUGGCCGCCGCUGUCAAGCUGCUGCGCUCCGGGAGCCUGCCCCAGCACGCCUGGGUGGUCACCAUGCUCAACGACACGGGCCUCAAGUACUCGCCCACGCCUGACGAAGUCAAGAGUGAUAAUAGUUAACUGCAUUCUCAGAAG